AUAGUCCGCCCCUUUAAUUUUGAAAUGAAUAGAAGAAACAAAGCCCUCUCUCCCUCUCUCCCUCUCCCCCCUUCUCUCGACCGUUUCAAUCUCUCUCUCUGAAACGUAUUUGCAGAUCCCUUUCUCUUCUCUAAAAUCUCUCUAAACCUCACUUGGAUCUGCAAAUGCGCACCGUUUUAUUCACUUUAUCUUCCCUCUCGUGUUUUGAUCUCUCUUCUUUUCUGUCUUUGAAGCUGUGUUUGCUUGUGAUUUUGAGGGAAAUUGGAACGGGCUGGUAGGGAGGUUUAUAAUGAGUUGUGGUCGAGUGGGAAUUGGGGUAUGUAGUAGCUUUUUUAUUUGUAUAUCAAGCAACAAUGGAAAGUAGUGACAGUUUAAUUUCUGCUCCUGUGGAUGGGCUUGUUAGUGAGGGGGUUCCGAGACCCAAGCUUCUUCAUGGGAGGACUAGUGGCCCUGCAAGGCGUUCCACAAAGGGGCAAUGGACAGCUGAAGAGGAUGAGAUUCUGCGCAAGGCUGUUCAGCGUUUCAAAGGAAAGAACUGGAAAAAAAUUGCUGAGUGUUUCAAGGACAGGACUGAUGUACAAUGUCUGCAUAGGUGGCAGAAGGUCUUGAAUCCUGAACUUGUUAAAGGUCCAUGGUCAAAGGAGGAGGAUGAAAUAAUAAUUGAACUGGUGAACAAAUAUGGACCAAAGAAGUGGUCCACAAUCGCACAGCAUUUGCCUGGACGUAUUGGAAAGCAGUGCCGGGAAAGGUGGCAUAAUCAUCUUAAUCCUUCAAUAAACAAAGAGGCAUGGACUCAGCAAGAGGAGCUGGCCUUGAUUCGUGCACAUCAGAUUUAUGGGAACAGAUGGGCAGAGCUGACAAAGUUCUUGCCUGGAAGGACAGACAAUGCCAUAAAAAAUCACUGGAACAGUUCUGUAAAGAAGAAACUGGAUUCUUAUUUGGCAUCAGGUCUGUUAGAACAGUUCCAAGCCUUUCCUCUUGUUGGACAUCAAACUCUACCCAUGUCCUCGUCUUCCUCAAGGCUGCACUGUUCUGGAGAUGAUAAUGCUCAGAGAGGUGGUGCAGAAGCUGAAGAUAUAUCAGAAUGCAGUCAAGAGUCAACUAUUGUUGGUUGCUCACAGUCUGCGAGUGACCUGGGUAAUGCAGUUUUUCAUACUAGAGAAGAAUUUCAGUUAGCUGAAGAAUCUGUUCUCAGAAAGGAGCAAAGCUCCAGUCCAGCAUCUUGUUCAGAACAAUAUUACAUCCCUGAAAUGCCUUGUGAAUUGGGUGGCUCUUCCAAUUUUCUCCAGCAAAAUUUCUCUCACAACACUCUGACUUCCGUGAGCAGUGAUUAUCAAUUUGAAUUACAGGAGCUACCUAACGUUUCUUCCCUAGAACUAAGGCAGGAAUCAUCAGGGUUGCCAACUCAUUGCAUAACUGCUAAUGAAAGCCAUGAACUGGUGAAUGUUCCAUUUCAAACUUCUAUUGGCCUGAGUGCUCCUGCUUCCAUGGGAAAUAUCACUGCAAGUUCUGUGCAAUCAGACCAGAUAUUCAUAUCUGAUGAUGAAUGUUGCAGGAUUCUAUUUUCAGAGGCAGCAAAUGGUGGAAUUUUUUCCUCUGAAAAUAUUACAGAAGACUCGAGUGUGGUUGACUUAGGUGGUGGCAUGGAUUCUUCACUUCCUCAAUCAUCAAGCACCCAGAUAUCUGAAACAGAGAGAAGUGCUUCACAGUCAUAUUGUCCUCCGAGGUCUGCUGUUUUGGGAGCUUCAUGCAGUCAAUCAUUUCUAUCUGGUCCUUCACUAUAUUCUGCUGACAACAGUACACCACUUGUAUAUGAUAGGGAACCCGAUCAGUUAAUGGUCCAAUCAUUCGGAACUCAUGAAGAACAGUUUAUUACAAGCGUACAUGACAGCUUUAUCUAUACCAAUGAUGCCAUCAAUUCCUCUUGUGAUGAUGGUACAGGCAACACAGAGCUGCAAGAGCAACCAUAUUUGAAGGAACUGUCAAAGCUAGUGCCUGUGAAUGCUUUCCCUUCUGGUUCAGAUACCAUAUCAUCUUGUCCUGCAGAUGAGCAACCAAAUGUGCAUGCAGGGGGUCUUUGCUAUGAACCUCCUCGUUUCCCAUGCUUGGAUAUACCUUUUCUCAGUUGUGAUCUCAUACAAUCUGGAAGUGAUAUGCAACAAGAGUAUAGUCCUCUUGGUAUCCGCCAACUAAUGAUGUCUUCCAUGAAUUGCAUUGCUCCAUUUAGGUUAUGGGAUUCACCAUCUCGGGAUGGUAGCCCUGAUGCUGUUCUGAAAAGUGCUGCCAAGACUUUCACAGGUACACCAUCCAUCCUGAAGAAACGAAACCGUGAUUUAUUGUCACCCUUGUCAGAGAGAAGAGGUGACAAAAAGCUUGAGAUUGACAUGGCAUCCAAUUUGAGCAAAGAUUUUUCACGUUUGGAUGUUAUGUUUGACGAGAUUGAGACUCGCAACAGAUCAUCUCUGCUGUCUCCAUCGUCCGAUCAAGAAAAGAACCAUGAAUCCUCAGGUGAAGAUAAAGAAAAUUUGGACCCUGCUCGUGAAGGUGCAGAAGAAAAUACUGGUAAUUCCGAGGACAAUGUAAAGCAAGGGGUAGGUGAUAGUGAUGCAAGGUCCAAGGCUCAUCCUGAUGCUGGUGCUCAAACUGUGAAACAGUCUUCUGAGGUCCCUGUUGAAGAAAACUCCGAUGAUCUGUUAUUUUCUCCUAAUCAACUUGGUUUUAAGGCAGACAGAACAUUUGGUCCUAGCGCUAGAACUCCCAGGAAUUUUUACCGUAAAAUUUUGAGCACUUUAUCAGAGCAAGCCAGUGCUUCAGAAUCAUCGUCUGGAAAUCCAUGCAUAAUCAUUAGUCCUACUGUUUGCAUGGAGAAGAAUCAUGGAAGUCACAUAGUUGAAAGCACAUCAUCACAACCUAUUCCUUCAUCAGCACCCUCAGAGAAUAUGCCUGAUAAUUCUGGGAACAGUGCUGGCACUGAAAAUUUUGGCAUAUUUGGUGAUACUCCUUUCAAAAGGAGUUUUGAAUCCCCUUCGGCAUGGAAGUCACCUUGGUUCAUUAAUUCCUUUGUGCCAGGCCCAAGGAUUGAUACAGAAAUAUCCAUUGAGGAUAUUGGUUAUUUUAUGAGCCCCGGGGACAGAAGUUAUGAUGCCAUUGCAUUAAUGAAGCAGUUAAGUGAGCACACUGCCCCUGCUUAUGCUGAUGCCUUGGAGGUUAUGGGUAAAGACACUCCGGAGUCCAUAUUAAAAGAAAGGAGGCGCUCCAAUGAUCCCGAUGGUGACUUAGAGAAUUGCUCCCAUUUAGUUUCAAAUGUUUCGACCGAAUGCCGGACCCUCGACUUUAGUGAAUGUGGAACUCCUGGGAAGAAAACAGAAAAUGGGAAAUCUUCAACGGCCAUAAGCUUUUCAAGUCCCUCUUCGUAUCUGCUGAAGAGUUGCAGAUAGUGGUUGCCUUGGUCUGUCAUUGUUUGUAGUUUAUAUUAUACAUACAUAUAUAUGUAUACUUGCUGUCAUUUUUUUUUGUUCCUCCUGUUGCUCGGUGCUUUUCAAUUAUAAAUGAUAAAGAGAUAUUCCCUUGCACA